AUGUCCUCGGUAGCACCGGCUACUACACGGGAAGUAAACCACCAAGAUGAGGGCAUUCGGUCAGAUGACUGGCCCGAGGAUAUUAGCCAGCCGUAUUCGCGGGAGAGCGAUCGAGUACUAUUUAGCCAAGAUGGGCUGGACACCGGGGUCACGGGUGCGGAAGGCACCGAGCCAGCUUCAAAAGAAGAUGGGAAGUAUUUCCCACUGCAGCUCAACAUCGUCAUCCAGAUCAUUGGUUCUCGUGGGGAUAUCCAACCAUUCGUCGCUCUCGGGAAAGAACUGAAAGCUCACGGUCAUCGGGUCCGACUUGCAACACAUCUUGCGUUCCGAGAUUUUGUCAACGAGAGCGACUUGGAGUUUUUUGACAUCGGAGGGGAUCCGGCUGAAUUGAUGGCGUUCAUGGUAAAGAAUCCUGGGCUUAUACCCGAUUUCAAGACCAUUCGCAGCGGUGCCAUUCAAAAGCGUCGACGAGAGAUGAACCAGAUUAUCCACGGAUGCUGGAAGUCAUGCUUCGAGACAGGCGAUGGCACACAUCUCCAUCAGAUCAAGGAAGAUCCUUGGAGCGACUCAGUGGAUUAUCGAAGGCGGUCAUUUGUUGCGGACGCGAUCAUCGCCAACCCCCAAGCCUAG